AUGUCCCUCCUCCGCACCCUCGAUCGGACCUCCGCAGUCUCGAAUACCAAUGCACGACCAUUUCUCACCUUCCUGUGCCCAGCACUCCAAAACAAGAAGAGCAGACGCAGCUUCAGCAAAAGUGCUGUGAGCAACUCUCCACGAGCGCCUCGGUCUGGAGAGCACGUGGAGGCUUUCUUCAUCCAGGCAUUGGUGCGGGCCGGGACGCAUCGCGGCCAUGUGAAGCAGCUCUCGACAUUGCGCGAGAUACUUCCAUACACCCCGCACAAAUUUGGGACACGGCGGAAGAGCACUUGGCAGAGUCAAGACAGCCAGGAGGCGAAGUCGGAGGGAAAGCCCAAGAGGUCAGGUCCCAUCAAGAAAAUCAGACAGUUCGCGAAAAGUGAGCUAGAGGCGCUGGUGGACUACUAUGGCAUCGAAGUCGAUACACGGCCCGAACAGGACCCUCCAGACGAAGAAGGGUCGCUCGUAUGGAACGUGGGAAACGACCACGAACCAUGGCCACUACAAAACAGAACAGAUGGACGGUACAUAAAACGCAUUGAGAAACUGCUGGAAGACGACGAGUCCUCGCAUGACAAAAUCUUCAAGACGUACAAGAUGCUUCCGUCGCCGGGUGUUGUGUAUAUGACACAGGAAACCAUACGUGGGCUGCUGCACCACAUGUCCAUUGUCGAACGUCCUACGCCCCUCGCCAUGCAGCGUUUCUUGUCUAUCCUCGACGACAUGAAGAAUGCACAUAUACACAUCACACGAUCAGAGUGGACAUCUGCCAUCUAUCUGACUGGCAGGGCCAUGGGCGCCGUAUCUACUGACGACCUGCAAUCUGCGCUGCAUCUCUGGCGCGACAUGGAGCACAGGGCCGGCGUCAAGGGCGGUUUCGUAACGCUAAAUGUGCUUUUUGACAUCUCCGUCAAGGCAGGAAAAUAUCAGCUCGCAGAGACGUUUCUGCAAGAGCUCAAGAAGCGCAAGCUUCCGCUUCAUCGCCACUUUCGAGUCUCGAAGAUCUACUACCACGGCAUCAUGCAGAACGGCAAUGGAGUACGCGACACCUACCAGGAUCUUGUAAAGGCGGGGGACAUCGUUGACACAGUCGUCCUGAACGCCGUCAUCGCUGCUCUCAUACGUGCUGGUGAACCUGGCGCCGCUGAGCACGUCUUCGAACGGAUGAAACGUCUGCACUCAGGUAGGUCUGUCGCAGCACCUGGCCACAAGUUCUUCAACCGCACGUGGCGCGAUCGCAGAGCUCUGGGUCUUCAUCUGACGCACGAGGCCCGUGAGUACAAGAGAAUCAACGAUGAAGACGCACUCAAAGAACUCCAAGACUACGCACCCGUCGCGCCCAACUCCAGAACGUAUGCUUUGCUGAUACGGCACCAAGCGGGGGUCGCUGGCGAUAUUGAUCGUGUAUAUGACCUGAUGCAGGAGAUGCGCUACAACUCUGUACCGCUCGAAGGCACUGUGUUCAUCACAAUCUUUCAUGGCUUCAACAAGUUCGGCGGCAUACGCUAUUCGGAGUGGACGCGCAACAAGCUCGAGAACAUAUGGGCGCAGUAUCUCAAAGCGCUACAGGACGGCCUCGAGUGCACAUGGAUCUCAACCAUCGCAGUCAUUGCUGCAUUGAAGGCAUUCGCAAAGUGUGCAGAUCUGGACCGGACGAUGCAGGUCUGGGACGAGAUCCGCAAGAUGUGGCAGCCCAACGAAGAAGAGCUGGAGAAAGUGCUGAAGAUGUUACGGAAGCUUUUCCCUCUACGCGAUGGUUUCUUCGAUACCCAGCGGCCGAUGACUUGA